UUUCAUGAACUCAAUAAUAUGAAGAAGACUAUAGAGGCUCAGGUGCUAUGGACGUCGGAGGGUGAUGAGAUUCAAGGAGUUGAUGCUGUGACCCGAUUUGAACGGACAGAGAUGAACUACUUGGCCAGAAUAGUCCUGCAGUUGUUGCACUGCAAGACUCUUAAGAAGAUAGAGAGAAACUGGAGCUGUGGUAUCAAACUAGUAUGGUGCUGUUUGAUCGAGAUGGAGCAAGGGAAGUAAUUCAGUGUUGAUGAGAUAAGAACAAAGUGUUGUGGGAGUAAUUCGUUCUUGCUCUGGCUGCCGGUGGAGGAAGAAGUAAUGGGAAGUAGCAAACCAAGGUCAGAAAAACAGACGUACAAAGAGCUGGGUUGCUGCCAGUAUUGAUUACUGCUAUCCGAUGUGACUGCGAAGACGAGUUUAUGAAGGUGUAGAAGAACUCCAGAUGGAAGCAGAGAAGUGUAGAAGAUUAAAUCUCUAAAUCUAAUGGUCAGUAUUAGUCGAUACAAACAGGAUGAGAUGGUACCAGACAUGAAUAAGACCAUGUGCCUGUACCCCUAGAGGUCGUUUCUCAGUUUUUGGACCGUCAUCUAUACCCCUUCCUCGAUUCGGUACAAAAACAGUGAAGGUCAGGACAGUUAAAAUGGUAAAUUCUACUGAACCCACUGCUCUGCGGUGGAAAGUAUUGGAGCAAGUUGAUGAAGAGCUGAUGAAAGGAGAUGAAAGAGCAGCAUUAAGCCUUAUCAAGGAGUUGCAGGGAAAACCCGGUGGUCUUUGUUGCUUUGGCACAGCAAGGCAGACAGAUCCCCCGAGGCUCUACACCUUGGAUGAACUGAAGCUGAAUGGCAUUGAUGCUUCAGCAAUUCUUUCACCAGUUGAUGGGACACUUGGUUCAAUAGAAAGGUAUCUUCAAGUUGCCGCUGUUUUAGGAGGGGUAUCUGCAUGGGCUCUAUUUGGCUUGACCCAGCAACAAAUUCUCUUCAUCUCUGUGGGAUUGUUAUUUUUGGCCACUCUAGAUUCUGUAACUUUCAGUGGAGGAUUUAGUAGCCUAGUGAUCGAUACAAUUGGUCAUGCCGUGAGUCAAAAGUACCGUAACAGAGUUGUACAACAUGAAGCUGGUCACUUUUUGAUAGCUUACUUGCUUGGAAUCCUUCCGAAGGGAUAUACCCUGACAAGUUUAGAAGCUUUGAGGAAAGAAGGAUCUCUCAAUGUUCAAGCUGGAACAGCUUUCGUGGACAUUGAGUUCCGUGAAGAAGUUGAUUCAGGAAAGCUUUCAUCCAAGAUGUUGGACAGGUUCGCAUGUAUAGCACUGGCAGGUGUUGCGACGGAAUAUCUUUUAUAUGGAUACUCUGAAGGCGGCUUAUCUGAUAUUUACCAGUUAGACAGCUUACUUAAAGGCUUGGGGUUUACGCAGAAGAAAGCGGAUUCACAGGUGAGGUGGGCUGUACUAAACACAAUUCUACUUUUGCGUCGUCAUGAAAGAGUUCGGUCAAAAGUUGCAGAAGCUAUGUCUUCCCGUAAGUCUGUCGCCUUCUGCAUUGACACGAUAGAGAAUACUAUUAAUGUUGAUGAUCUGUAAGGAUUGGAUUGAUGUAUAUUCACCAUUUUCCUCACCUGCACCAUCACAAAUUUGUUAAUACGACAUUUUUAAUAGAAAUACUGGCUUUUAUGUCUGUCAAAGUAA